AUGAAGAAAACCUUUCCAAAGAAUCAAACUUCCAGAAAAGUAUCCCCGGCUAUCGAAAAUAGCACGAAUCCUCCAACCUCUCACUCGCCUACUCCCGACUCCUCAAAGGUUAAUGGUAAUAGCAACGGCACCGCCACUUCUGCAAAUGUCAAAGUUACUAUACGGGUUAGGCCUCCUAAUGCCGUUGAGCUUAGCAGAGGAGAGAAUGAAAUAUGGGAAGUCAAUAAUAAUUCGCGAAAGGUCGGCCUCAAUUUGGAUUUCAUAGAGAAGUCCAGAAAACAAACGGCAGAAUAUCAUUUCGACGAAGUGUUCUCAGGCAGUGAUAACAAAGCUUUGUUCGAGAACGGGACGGUGGAGAGUGCUGCCAAAGGUUCAUUGCCAUCUAGACCAAAUCGUUACUCCACGCCAGGUAUGGCAAAGUUAUCAGGCUCAGUGUAUUCUUCAGUGCUGAACUUGAUAGAUCUGGCUGGCUCAGAAAAGGCUACAACUUCAGUUGACCGUCGUAAGGAAGGAUCUUACAUCAAUAAAAGGUUGUUGACGCGAAUCCUUCAGAAUUCACUCAGUGGGAAUGCUAGGGUUGCUGUCAUUUGUACUAUAUCGCCAUCAAUAAUAAACCUCGAAGAAUCGCAUAAUACUCUCAAGUUCGCUUCUCGAGUCAAGAAAGUCGUGACAAAAGCACACACGAAUGAGGUGUUGGACGACAAAGCUUUGAUUCAAAAGUAUCGCAUAGAGAUUGAGGAGCUUAAAGCAAAACUUGAGAGAACCAAUGUUUCCGACUAUCAAGAAAAGGAACAAGAAUUAUCGAAAAGGUUACAAAUUGUAAAGGCCAAGCACGAAGAAGAGAUGUUGGAGGCACAAUUGAUUCGAACAGCAUUGAAGGAAAGGAUUGAUCACCUUACCAAACUGAUCUUGACUAACACGUCCUUUAAUGGUGGUGGCGGCGCACCAUCUCCAAUUCCGUCACGAAAGCAGUCAGACAUGAACGCAGUCGAAAUGGACGACGAAUUUUUCGAGUAUAAUAUUAAACUCGAAGAAAAGGACAUGAAGAUUGGUCAGCUUACGUCCGAGCUAAAAAAGAAGGAUGAACUUAUUGCGCAGUUAACAGCACAACUGAAUAACAUUUUAUUUAAUAAUGCAAAACAAAAUGAGAAUGAAUUAAUAUCCAAACUUCAAGAACAAAACGAAGAGCUACAGGUCUUACGUGAUGCAAACAAGAGACUGACGAAUGUUGUAGAACAGCAACAAAAGAAACUUCAAGUGCUGGAAAACAGUCAGUGA